UGGAAGCGUGUUUGAAUACAGCUGGGCAACUCUGCAUCAUAAAAUGAGUGGAUAUGAAUCUCUAGCAGAGAAUGCAGACGAAAUGGUGGUAGGGCAAAUUUUUGCCUUUUCACCUUUUACUUAGCUCUGAGUCCUUCAAGGGCAGAAAGCACCGUCGUGACCAGAGUAUCAUCUCAGUUUGGAACAAGCAUAUGUUUGCAUAAGGAAAAGGACAGUUGGAUGAAAUGGAGCAAAAUGAUGCCACCAGUCGCGCUGAGGUUGUAGCUCCAAACUUAGGCACGCUAAGUUGAAUGGCCAAUCUUUGGAGCGUAGCUCGAAAAUGGUUCCUGAAACAGAAUCCGCGGCGCAAUGUAACACCCCGCAAAAUUAGUACAGUCUUAGAGAUUCUACAGAACCAAGAAGAGGCUAAAGAUCACGUUUAUUAUGAUGCCUUAAGAAGAAUUUCAGCCUCCAAGGAUGAAAAACCUACAAAUGGUUGCGCUAAAACCAACUCCUUACAAGAAAUCCAGGAGGAAUACAAAGAGCAAGCACCACUCGCUAGUAGGAGAUCUCUAGUCAACAAAUACCUUCUUUCAAUUCGAGAGCCUAUCGGAAAGGUUUUUCGAUCUGAACGACUUGUUGUUGAUCCAGAGGAUGACAUCUACUACAUAUGGAUGGGUGUAAUUGCAGCUACGGUCAUCUACAACUUUUGUACCGUCAUUCUUAGAAUCGCUUUCACAGAAUCAUCGGAAGAGUCUCUCUCUAGACUCCUUUUCUGGUGGGGAGAUGUUUUUGCAGAUGGAUUGUAUGCCUGUGACGUGUGCGUGCAACUAAGAACUGCUUAUCGAGAUGAUCAGGGAAUUAUGGUUAAGGAUCCUGUACAAUUAUCAGAGACGUAUACAAAGAAGAGACGAUUUAAAGUUGAUAUUAUUUGCCUUCUACCCCUGGAAACAGUUUCCCGUGUGAUAUUUUUUCCCUGUCAUUUUUCGCUGUUCCGAUUACCCAGACUUCUCAAAUGGCAUUCAGUAGAAACAUUUUUCCUUAUGAGUGACUAUCGAACCAGUAAACCAAACCGCCUGCGGGCUUCCAAACUGAUUCUGUACUUGAGUGUGGCCAUGCAUUGGGUUGCUUGCUUAUACUACGCCAUCUCUGAGUAUGAAGGACUGGGGACUAAUGACUGGGUGUACACAGAAACCGUGAAAGGCGGUGAUCCACUCUCCAGGAAGUACGUGAAAUCCUUUUAUUGGUCUGUCCUUACUUUGAUGACAAUUGGAGAAACGCCAAGUCCCCAGACAAAUCUUGAAUAUAUUUUCACUGGCUGUAUGUUUCUCCUGGGAAUCUUUGUGUUUGCCACGGUUGUGGGCAACGUUGGUGACGUCAUUAGCAACAUGAAUGCGGCGAGAACUAAUUUUCAAGCGAGGAUGGAUGCAAUCAAGCAGUACAUGGAGCAUCACAAUGUACCUCACAUGCUACAAACUCGGGUCAAAAGAUGGGCUCAUUACGCAUGGAGCAGGACACAAGCCCUAGACGAAGGGGCGUCUUUGGAAAUGCUCCCUGAGAGAUUAAGAACUGAGAUAGCCAUUCAUGUGCAUCUAGACACGUUGCGAAAGGUGAAGAUCUUCAAGGACUGCGAACAAGGCCUGCUAUGUGAAUUGGUACUAAAACUUCGACCGCAAAUUUUUUCCCCUGGAGACUAUAUCUGUCGUUGUGGUGAAAUAGGACGGGAAAUGUAUAUUAUCAACAACGGAAAAGUUGAGGUAGUAAUACCAGACUCAAACACUGGCGAGGAGGUUGUGGUAGCUUCCCUCACAGAGGGUAACUAUUUCGGGGAGAUAAGCCUGUUAAGACUCGACGCCGGUAAAAACAGACGCUCUGCCGAUGUGCGCUCAGUGGGUUACUCGGAAUUGUUGUGUCUCUCUCAAAAGGACCUAAUGGAGGCCUUAGAGGAGUAUCCUGAAGCUAAAAAAGUACUAGAAAGUCAAGGGCGAGACAGAUUACAGAGGGCAAGGUCGAGUAACAAUCUCUCAAUACCCCAUCCUGAUUCAGAGAGAGAACAAUUUCGUAAUCUAGAAUUCAACUUCGCGAGGGAAAUCAGCAUCGUCAAAGAACUCUUAGAGGAAAUUAAAGAAAGCAAAAAGGAGUUCUAUAAAUGCGAGCCAGUAAGGAGUCUUAGAGAAGAGUGCCUAAACUUGAGGGUUCAAAUAGAGACGCAAAUGGAGGAAAUAGAAGAAAUUAAACAACAGCUCGCACUGCGAAGUAGGUCACCAAAUGACGAAAAGAGCCGAAGAAGGUCAAGUGCAGAAGCAAAGACUGCGAGAAGACUGAUCGAUAAAGUUAUUUCAGCCGCAAAAGUAGCUGCGUCACAUAAUUCCACUAAAACCUUUCAAGAAAGGGAUGUUGAGAGUAAAAGUCAACUUAGAACAAGUGAAAGUGAAUUGCGGCAAAGAGAGGGAAUUGCUCGAGACGAUGUCCCUGAUAUAUUCGUAGAGAAUGAUAUCGACGGAAGGUGUUAUCUUGGACCGCGUAGAAGAUCAUUAUUUGAUAACAAUAACAAUGAUGAAGUUGUGCAAGAUGUGACUUUCAAGACAUAAAGUAGGCCUUUCACGAGACGUCUCAAAGCAUUAGUUUCAAAACUAGAGUGAUUUUGAAGCCUUUAAGGUUUAGCGCGGGGUGUUAUUUUGAAAGUGACAUGUUUUAGAACACGGAAAUGUCCCAUAAGACAGCCGAAGAUUCGACGCUUUCGAUGGAGAUAUCGAGGACAUCGCGAAAUAGACUUAAAUGAUUAAAAUCUCUUCACGGAUUAGAGAGAAGUUGCUACAGUAAAUUUAGUCGAGCUUACAAAAAACGUUAAUUUGGCAGAGAUGUCUCCUUCAGAGUGCACCAUUAGUUCAUAAAUGGGCCAAAUGGAAACCGCGAAUAUUUGCAAAUUAACUAGUUGGUAUGAAUACACCGUAAGCUAUUUUUCCCGAAUGACGAACACCACCAUGCUAGAUUUUUCCCUUUUUAAUCACUUCUUGUUUGCAGACAGAUUUGGUUUUGUUAUAAUUGUUUUGUAUCAGACAUAAACACAAGUGGGAGGGUAAAAACGUGUGAAAACAAAAAAAAUAAUGACGAUAUGAAAGCGUUGAUUUUGAUCCGUGGUAAGCGUUUUACAACACGAAAAUAAAUAAUCUAGAAAAAACAAA